GCUUCGAAAAGACAACGCAGAGUCUUGCCAAACAGCCCCCCCAGAUGUCGCCUGUCUACGACGCCCUUGCAUAGCGUUGCGUCGUAGCUUCGACUGAACAGCGUACAACUUCUGUAUGGACAUGCUGGGGUGCUCGUGAUAGAUUGCGAGAUUUCCUGGGCACCAUAUCCGCCAUAAUGUCGGUCGACGGCGAAAAGGACCCCUCGCUGGCUCAGCCCGGCGACACGGGCUCGACGACCGAUCUGGAGAAGAACGAUGCCGCCAGCGCGGUGACACCUCUGCCAGACACGACCUCGCCGCAGCAGCAGAACCAGUCACACUUGCCACUGUCCACGGCCGCCCUCUCGCUCGCCGACGUAGAGCCCGUCGAUGUCCAGGUCCGGAGCCUGGGCGUGUCAGUCGACACAUCGCCGUCCAUCCUCGAGCCUUCGACUUAUCCUGACCUCUUCCGCAGCAAGUUUGGCAGCGGGCAGGGUGGCCCGACGACCAAACAUCUCCUCUCGUCACUCGAUGCCUCGCUCAAGCCAGGUACUCUGACGGCCAUCAUUGGUGGCUCGGGCAGUGGCAAAACCACAGCACUCAACACCAUUGCCGAGCGUGUGGCCAGCUCGCGGCUAUCGCAGUCUGGACGGAUCACGUUCAACGGUGUCGAAGGCGUCCACCAUGUCCGGCAUGCCUAUGUGCUACAGCAGGACAUUCUUCUCCCCACCCUCACGGUCAGGGAGACGCUUCUUUACGCAGCAAGGCUCCGCUUGCCAUCCCCUGCCACGCACGAGGACCGUGUCCGGAUCGUGGAGGAAGUGAUCCUGGAACUCGGCCUCAAGGACUGCGCCAACACUCGCAUCGGAAACAGCGAGCACCGUGGCUGCAGCGGCGGCGAGAAGCGACGGACCAGUAUAGGCGUCCAGCUUCUCGCAAACCCUUCUGUCCUCUUCCUCGACGAGCCGACGACCGGCCUCGAUGCUACCAGCGCGUACCUGGUCGUCAAGACCCUCAAGGCCCUGGCCAACCAGGGACGAACGAUCGUGACGACUAUCCACCAGCCCCGAUCCGAGAUCUGGGAUCUCUUUGACAAUCUCCUGGUUCUUUCCAGGGGCAGCCCCGUGUACUCGGGCAGCACGAAAGAAUGCGUCUCGUACUUUGCCAGCCUCGGAUUCCAGCUGCCGCCAUUUGUCAACCCUGCCGAAUUCGUCAUCGACCAGGCGGCCAUAGACAAUCGGACCCCCGAGCUCGAGGCGGAAAGCACAGAACGAGUUCAGAGACUCAAAGCCCACUGGAUCGACCAGGCUGAGAAGCGCUUCGCAGACCUGCCAUCCCGCACUGACGAAAAGGGCCGUCUAGGCAAGAGGGCCAAAAUCUCGCAGAGCGUCGGCUUCGUGAGACAGCUGACGGUCUUGACGGACAGGACUUUCAAGGUCACCUACAGGGACCCCAUGGGCAUGGCAGGAGCCCUGAUCCAGACGGUCGUGAUGGGAGUUGUCAUGGGAUACGUCUUCUUCGCGCUGCCCUCAGACCUGUCGGGCAUCCGCUCACGCCAAGGUGCCCUGUACAUCGCCCUCAACUUGCAACCUUACUUGUUUCUCGUGUUCGAGAUCUUCAGGCUCACCGUGGAUGCGCCAACGUUUGAUCGGGAGAGCAGCGAGGGGUGUGUAACUGCCCUUCCUUUCCUCCUCUCGCGACGGCUGGCGAGGAUGUUCACAGAGGACGUGCCGGUCUGUGCCAUCUUCAGCAUCAUCUUCUACUUCAUGGCAGGGUUCGAGGCCGAUGCUUCCCGAUUUUUGCAGUUCUUUGCUGUGGUUCUGCUUAAUCACUACAUCAUUGUGAUGCUUGCGGCCACUGCUGUGUCCGUGGUCCGGAACUUCGCUGGUGCUGGCCUGAUUGCCAACCUGGCCUACACUUUGCAAAGUAUGGCUUGCGGAUACUUCAUCAACGUCGAAACUUUACCCGUCUAUGUGAGAUGGCUGAAGCACAUCACCUACAUGUACUACGCCUUUGGAGGGCUUUGCGCGAACGAAUUCGAGGACAGCUUCUACGAGUGUCCGUUGGAGGGUGGCGAGGCCAAUCCCGGCUGUGUUCAGUAUACAGGCCCAUACAUCAUGGCAAGUCUGGGAUUCCAAGAAGACUGGCAGGUGGAACGCUUCGUCAUCCUGGUCGCUUUUGUCUUGUUCUUCACGUUGCUGUCGUGGAUUGGCUUCGGCUUCCUCAAGGUCGAGAUGACCAUUGCUCGAGCCCGAACCUCCACCAAGGAUCUUUCCGUCGGACGCGAGAAGAUGACGGCGCGGUCCAUUCAGCAGGUGCGGGCCAUCGAUGUCGACCUCGCAGGCUACUCUCUCGCCAUCAAAAAGCGCACGGCACUGGGCAGGACCUUGCCUACAAAGGUCAUCGUCAACCCAGUCACAACCACUUUCCAGUCCGGCAGACUAAAUGUCAUCUGCGGCCCCUCCGGUAGCGGCAAGACAAGUCUUCUGAACGCUUGCGCCUUGCGGCUGAAGAACAGCAUCGGCACGCGAUACGAGACUGGCGGCAAGCUCAUGUUCAAUGGUGCAGUGCCACACGAGUCCGUGGUGAGGUCGGUCGUCUCCUACGUAUGCCAAGAUGACGACGCGCUGCUGCCGUCCCUGACGGUCCGGGAAACCUUGCGGUUCAGUGCCGGCCUGCGGCUGCCCUCGUUCAUGAGCAAGGAGGAGAAGAACCGCCGGGCCGAGGAAGUGCUCUUGAAGAUGGGGCUCAAAGAGUGCGCCAAUGUGCUCAUCGGAGACGACCAGGUCAAGGGCAUCUCUGGCGGUGAAAAGCGGCGCGUGAGUAUUGCCGUGCAAAUCUUGACGGAUCCUCGGGUUCUGCUUCUCGACGAGCCGACGAGUGGUCUCGAUGCGUUUACUGCGGCCAGCAUCAUGGAAGUGCUGCACGGCUUGGCCAACGAAGGCCGGACCCUGAUCCUGACAAUCCACCAGGCUCGUUCAGAUCUGUUUACGCACUUUGGAAAUGUCCUACUCCUCGCUCGCGGUGGGCAGCCGGCAUAUGCCGGUCCGGCAAAAAACAUGCUUGCCUACUUUGCCAGCCAUGGCUAUCACUGCCCAGAGCACACAAACCCUGCCGACUACGCAUUAGACCUCAUCACGGUCGACUUGCAAGAGGAGUCUCGCGAAGCCGAAAGUCGGCUGCGUGUCAACAACAUGAUUGAGGCGUGGGCUCGAGCGGAUCGUGACAGGUGGAUGUCCGACAAGACGCCCGCUGCCGAACCGAGCAGCACGACAGGCGGUUCCGCUACGGAUAAUGAGCCAGUCGACGAUCCGGCGGCACCGCCGAGGUCAUCGCUGAAUCGGAAUGGAAAGAGCGAGCUCGCCACGCCGGCGGAGCUAGGAGCGCUUGUGGUCCAGAGAGCGUCCUUCACGACGGCUUUGCCGCUCCUGUUCCAUCGGGCGCUCAUCAACAUUCGGCGCCAACCCCCGGUCAUGUUGGCGCGGACGAUGCAAGUGCUUGGCCUGGGGAUAGUGCUCACACUCUUCUUCUCCCCACUUGGGUAUGACUUUUACAGCGUGCAGAGCCGCGUAGGCUUCAUUCAGGAGAUCGGCGCAUUCUACUUUGUAGGCAUGCUUAACAACAUCGCCGUGUACAUCGCCGAGCGAGACGUCUUCUACCGCGAGGACGAUGACGGCGUGUACAGCAUCGAGUCUUUCCUGACCGUGUACACGAUCCUCGAGCUGCCCUUUGAGAUUGUCUCGUCUCUCAUCUUUGCCGUCCUGGCCACCUUUGCCGUCAACCUGCCGCGGACGGUCGAGUCGCACUUCUCCGUGGCCCUCGCGUGCUUCGCCAUCGUCUCGUGCGGCGAAAGCCUCGGCAUCAUCUUCAACACGCUGUCCCGCCACGCGGGCUUUGCCGUCAACAUUGUCUCUACGCUCCUCUCCGUCGCCCAGACCAUGAGCGGCAUCAUGAGCAUCGACAUGCCCCGUGUGUUUGUCAUCUUCAACUACCUCUCGCCCAUCAAGUACGCCACCGCGUUCCUCAUGCCCUACACCCUGCGCGGCAUCGAUUUCACCUGCGAGGACUCCCAGCGCCUCCCCACCACUGGCCAGUGCCCGAUCGAGACGGGAGACGACGUGCUCGAGCUGUACAAGAUGACCAACGACACGCCCAUCGUCGACGUGGGCACGCUGCUGGGGCUCGUGGUCGCGUACCGCGUGCUCGCGUGGGCGGUGCUCCGGAUCGUCCGCACCAGGUGGAAGAGUCUGCUGCACAAGCAGCGUGCUUCUUCUUUGGCGGCGGCAGCUGCGCCGGCGGCAGGGGCACCCUCAUCAUAGCCUCCCCCUCCCUCCGCCAACCGAACAACGUACGUGGUGAACUGCGGCGAGUGUUGAUGAACGGCAGUGCUUUGGCGAAGGUGGCCGCAUCGUCGGCACAAAACCCGUGACGGUUUUCCCACAUUGUGGCCGUUGGCUCACCACACCUUGGUUGUUUGUUUGUUUGUUUGUUGCCUCAUGAAUUUGCAUAUCCCAUCAAGUUAUACCCUGCAUUUAUAUUUUAAACCCCAUCUCACCGCGACAGCACAGCGAUAGUUCCUCUUUUCAAUGACACGCUUCAUAGACCAGCCAGCCGCGACCCGUCAUUUCGAAUAGCCAAAUUCCCCACCUGCCCUCCUCAAAGUGUAUAUAACUUUGCCCAACCGGCUUCUAUUAAUGCAUCAUCGUCCCCUCCACUGCACGAGGCAUACAAUUUACUACUGGAAACGCCA